AUGUCCUCCGACUACUUCUGCAGUCAGCAUAUGGACAAGGCCAAACGAGUGUCGUGGAAGGCGGCGAAGAGAAUGGUCCAGACCAUGGGCAAAGGGCUCUACAGCAUGAGCACGGUCGUGCAGGGGGAGAAGCUAGGACAGUUCCUCGAUACGGAGAUGCCGUCUAUGGAUGACCUCAAGCCCGAGAUUCUGUCGGAGCGCUUCCAACGGCAGGAGACUAUUACCUUGGGGGAGGCCCUUUUCCUCAUCGACCAGGCUUUGGAGAUCCUCAAGACGGAGCCCAACGCCCUUGAGCUGAAGGCGCCCAUCAAGAUCGUGGGAGACUUGCAUGGGCAGUUCUUUGAUCUCAUCUCCAUGCUUGAAAAUUGUGGAACACCUCGUGACGGAGCAAGCUAUCUGUUCUUGGGAGACUACGUAGAUCGCGGGGAGUUUUCUUGCGAGGUGCUGCUGUACCUUCUGGCGCUUAAGGUGGCACACCCGAUGAAGGUGCACCUUAUCCGCGGCAAUCACGAGUGCCGAAGCCUUACCACGCACUUCGGAUUCAAGGAUGAGUGCAAGUCCAAGUACGGGCUGCCGGUCUACUACCGCUUCCUGCGAUGUUUCGAGCUCAUGCCUCUCUGCGCGGUGAUCGCCAACGACCAUGGGAGAUACUUCUGUACCCAUGGUGGCAUCUCGCCAGACCUUACGAGCUUGGACCAGAUCGCCGCUCUUGACCGCAGGGCGGAGCCGGAGAUGGAGGGGUUGUUGUGCGAUUUGCUCUGGGCAGACCCUUCGGACGAUCCUGGAGUCACCAACAUCGAGUCGCUCUCCGACCAGGAGCUGGACAGUCUGUUGAACAGCACCUUUCAGUUCAACCGCUUGCGAGGGUGCAGCGUGGCGUUCGGGUACUUGGCGGUGAGGAGGUUCCUCGACAACAACCACCUCAUGUGUGUUAUCCGGGCGCAUGCCGUACAAGAGGAUGGCUACUACCGACACUUCGAGAAGGCCCUCAAGAAGCGCGAAGUCGAUGGCGACAAGGAGCUUCCUCCUGUCAUCACCGUCUUCUCGGCGCCCAACUACUGCGAUAGAUACGGCAACAGGGCGGCGGUGCUUGAGCUUCUGUGUGAGGAGCUAGAGCCGCAGGUGGAGCACUUCGAGUGUGUCGAUCACCCAGACAGGCUCAACCGCCCAGACAGAUCUGAGGUGCACCUGACAGCGCUGAUCGAGUCUUGCCCCUACAUGCCCACUACCUUCCGGGACUUCGUGAAGCUUGCGGGAAGGAUGGGGCCAGCACAACCCCUUGAGGACGGCGGUGAGGCUAGCGAAUCGAGCAGUGUUGUGGGAACGGGAUGCUCCGUCGGAGGUGAUUUGGCUUCGGAGCACGAGGCAUCUACCAAGGGAUCUGAUCCCUCCAGCCCACCCCAGGCGAGAAAGGACCGGAGUUUGACAGCGCACGACCUGUACGAGCUUGAGGCGGCGCACGACAGGAUCAACGAGUUGCACCCCGACUACCUAAACGCUCGUAUCGAGUCGUGCGAGGACGAGGGUGUCAGCAGGCUCAGCACCAAGGCCAACACGCCCUCCAGCGUCAGCUCGCUCGUUCACUCCACCACGAAGAUCACGGUGAGUGAGCUUCGAAACAGGUUCGAUCCCGCGGCGAGGGGUGGGCCUGGAGCGGGACACGCGGCACCUUUCCCGGUUGACAUGGGAAAGCCCAGCAGUACCGUGAUGCAGAUCACCAACAUCUUCGAACACAAGGCUCGGGCAGAGAGGCGAAAGCGGCACGUUCGAGACGGGAGUGGUUCAGGGGGCAUCGUGUCUCAGAUGAAGGCAUCGAUCGAGUCCAAAGCCAAGGCGAAGGCGGCCACGGGCAGCCCUAACACGGCCGGCGCGCCAAACAGCACCAAGCAAAAGAUCAACGUGUUCGAAGCACUCACGAAGCGGACCCGCAGCGAUACGGUGGCCUCCAAGCUGACGAGGGUAAAGGACUCCGCUCUCGCCCGCCGCAUCUGGGUGGACAAGGUGGCCGCAUCGCCCCCUCCCAUGUGGGGCGGGAAAGCCCCCCCGGGCCGAGUGUUCGGAAGGGACGACAAAAAGGGAGGAGGAACAGGCAAGGGAGGCGAUGGCACCGGUCACACUCACACCGCGGCCCGUGGGGCGCCUUGGGUGGGACAGAGCAGGUCCAACAGCGCCGGCAAGAAGACGACCGUCGUGUCGCCGAGGAGGCAUUCUCCCAUCACCUCCACCUCAAACAACGGAAAGUUUCCGCCGCCUCCCCCCCCGGGCUUGGCGCAAUCAGGCGAUGUCAGUGUUGCCGGUCGGGGUGGUGUUGGCAAGUUCGGGAAGUCAUCUGCGCCAUGGCACUCGAUCUCUCUCCAGGGCAAGAGCGACGAUGACGACGAUGCAUCGCCUCAAGAGGGCCGGCGACGAUCAACCCUGGGUGGCGAGGCUGACGGGGAGAAGCUGCCCGGGAGAGCGGCUCAGCAAGCGACGUCUGGAGGCUCUGCGAUGAUAGAUUCCAGAUCAACGAUGACGAUGACUAUGCCCCAAGAAGCCGGGUCGAGCCCCACGGCGCCGUCGGCAUCCUUGAAACAACCCGCGGGCAAUGAGAAAGGCGUGCAUGGCGUGGAUUAUGAUUAUGAUUAUCAAAAUCAUGGCCACGACAAGGAGAAGGACAAGAAUAUUCCCUCGCCGCCCACUCUCACUCGAAGGGGUACUAUCGCGGAGGACUGCGCCUUCACGCACGCCGAAAUCCUGGGGCUCAAGCUUCUCUUCGCCCUCAUGGACCAGCGCGGAAGUGAAUUUAUCGACGGAGUUGCGCUCGAGGAGUACGCCGAUGAACAGGACGACUACGCACAAGAGAGAGAGAUUGAGGCCUGCAUCAAGGCGGUCGACGUGGACUGCGACGGCAAGAUAGGGUUGAUGGACUUCAUCUGCUUUGCGGCACGACUCAAGUGCUACUACGAAGGAGGCGUGGGUCUCCAAAAAACGCUCAACCACGCUGGGACGAAGAAGCGCGCGUCGGGGAUGUCCAUGCCAGGGGACUCCGACAGCGAUGACGACGAUGACUCGGAGGAGGAGGAAGAAGAGGAAGGCGAUGAUGAUGAUGACGAGGACGAUGAUGACAAGGGUAGCUCGUUCAAUGAUGACGUUGACGACGUUCACGAAGAUGAUGCCGAUGGCAGUGGCGAUGGCAGUGAGGACGCCGAAGCGCACCCGGCGGAGAGAAGAGACUGCCAAAAGGGCAAGAGAGGCGGGGAUGGCAGCGAAGGUGGAGACCUAGGCGACAGUGGAUCGAAGUCCAGCGAUGGAGGUGAAGAUGCGGUGUUUGUUGUUGCCUCCAGCUCCACGAACACGGUCGCUGAGAAAGCGCCGGCCGGUGGCACGGGUGGUGAUGCCGAUGGUGUUGAUACCCGAGGCCUUCACCUUCACACUCACACACACCCGCCGAAGGCGAUGACGACGCCAGCGCCUCCUUAUAGCACCAACUCGCAAGGAGCACCAGCACCAGCACCAGUACCAUCACCAGCAGCGGCAUGGCCGGCAGCUUCAUCAGCGGCGUCGUCAGGAGCGCCUAUCGAUUCUCGUUCCCCCAGGCCGCGAUUUUCGAGAACGCCUUCAGAAGCUGCGCUGGAUGUGAUCUCGGUGUCGUCUGUGUCUGCGGCUUUGUCGGCGGCGGUCAAGGCCGUCUCCACGACAACAGAUGUAGAGGAAUACAGUAGCAGACCACCCUUCGUCCACCACCACCACAGGGCCCCAACGGAGUGAAAGAACUAAUGCUCACUUCUAAUUUGUUCUAGUAAUAUUUCCGACUGCCGCCAGAGAGGGGAUCCACCCAUUCAAUCAAGUGGUGCGUCAGCUUUGCUGUCUAUUUUUCAUUCCCCGCUGCGUGGUAGCACAGCACUGGUGUGUUGUGUGGUAUGCAUAAAUGCGAUCAUAUACGAUAAUUCUGAUGUGAUUUGACUAGCUGGCGAUGGCAGGGAGAGUCGUUGGGAGCUAGGGGUGCCACCGCGAACGUUUUUGUCGUUCGAUGU